UUGGUCCUGUGCUGCACCUUUUUUCGAUUUGAAUGCAUUUUUUCUCUUAAGCUUGCGUCUGAAUACACUUACACAAUAUAACUGUAAUUAUUUAUAACCCAAAAACUAUGCGUAAGAACGGGACGUUCAUGAAUGAGUCCAUUUCUAUCCUUGACCUGCUUUCAUUUUGAGUUAAUGUUAAAUUAUUGAUCUGUUGAAUGAUACGUUAUUUCAUUCAUCAGCUUACAGCUGAUUAGAUGUAUUACAAAUAAUUAUUCUGGCGUGUAGUGAGUUUUGAAUGUUUUCUAUCUUAAAGGAAGCAUGUAGUGAAAAUGAAAGAGUUGCUGCUGAACAAGCUCCUCAGGUUGCUGCAUCACUGCAGGGCUGUUGGGACCUCCAGGCUCAGAGCAAAGGAAAGUUGUAAAGUUAAAUACAUUCCCUAGACAUGGUGUACGUCAUGUUAUGCACAUGAAGCCAGACGUAGCCUUGAGUGUGAGCUGUCUCAUGGGCACACUGAGCUAUUACAGUGAGUACGACAGGUAAAAUCAUUUUAGGCUCAAUGUCACUACACUGCUGCAGGAGGUUUACUGGACUCAGGCUAAAGUUUCAAUAAAGAUUAGGUUAAUGUUGUUUUAUUAGAUUAAUAUAUAGUUAAACUAAACUACAAUACGAGCAAUUCAAAGGAUUAGUUUGACUCAACGGUUUAGUCUCAUCACAGACGGGUGUUUUCAUUAUAUUAUUAUAUUUUAAACAAUAAACAAUAAUUUCAACUGUGUGAUUGACUGUUUUUACAUCUGUUCUCGGUAAACAUAGUUCAAUCAUUUCUACAGAAAAUAAUAAUAAUCCAAUAGUCGGUUUUUGUUUUAUAAACCAUAAAACUCAGUGAUUCUAAAAAAAAACUUGUCUCAUUCUGUUAUUUCUGUCAUUUUCUAAUCAAACAGUAUGUUUAAAAUUAAGCUAGUGACGUCUUUCAGUUGCAGCGCAGCAAUCAGUCAAGACCUCGCCCUGUUCACCAGCCCACUGACGUUCUUGUUUUUAAGGUUUACCUGAAAUUAUAUGAAUCAGUCCAAACUCAUUUGUUGCAAUUUUUUCUAGUUGAUCCUGAACAUAAGUAGAUGUUUACCUGUUUUGUUUUUUUUGGGGGGGGGGGUACAAGAGUGAAACAAUGAUUUCUAGUGCUUCAAUAGUUGAUCUUGCGUAACAAAAGCAUGGGUGGCUGCCUCAUUAAGGCCCCUUCAGCACCAGGUGUCACCAGGGUGAGAAUAUCGCCCCUAUGUGCCACUUCUGCCACGGCUGUGCGCAGUUUCAUCUGUAGGUACAGGUCCUUUCAAAUUAUAUGUGAUUGUGUCUCUUAUUCCGCGUAGAAGCAGCCGCGCAGCCAAGUUCAAGAGUGUGAGAAAAUGUGGAGUCACGCGUUUGACCUGCAGGUGACGCGCUCAUCAACACAGCAGUGUUGAUGCACAGAUUGCGUAGGUUAGCCUGUUAGCCGCAUUCCUCCCUCACACCCGCCCCCCUCUAUAAGCUGUGUGUCCAGCUAUAUAACCCAGGAGGCCACAGUGAUGCCUCCAACUGCACAUCGUCUCUGACAAGCCUCGCUCCACAUCCGAACCGGCAGCAUGUCCUUCAGCAGCAGAUCCUACGGUCAGAGGACCGCGAGCGUGUGCGGUGGAGCCGGGGGUCGCGGCACCCGCGUCUCUACGUCCUAUGCGAGCGCCCCCCCGGCCUCCGGAGGCUUCAGCCUGGCCGACGGCUGGGACCUCAACGUCGGGGCCAACGAGAAGGUCACCAUGCAGAACCUGAACGACCGCCUGGCCUCAUACCUGGAGAAGGUGCGCAGCCUGGAGGAGGAGAACGAGCGCCUGGAGAGGCAGAUCAGGGAGUGGUACCAGAGCAGGACCGUCAUCUCCCACGACUACACCAGCUACCUGGCCACCAUUGAUGACCUGAAGGACAAGAUCUGUGUUGCCUCCAUGUUAAAUGCCAAGACUGUCCUGGACAUUGACAAUGCAAAACUGGCUGCUGAUGACUUCAAGCUGAAGUAUGAGAACGAGCUGGCCAUGAGAAUGUCCGUGGAGGCCGACAUCGCGGGGCUGAAGAGGAUGCUGGACGACAUGAACCUGGCCAGGAUGGACCUGGAGAGCCAGUACGAGAGCCUGAAAGACGAGCUGAUCGCCCUCAAGAGGAACCACGAGGAGGAGGUGGCUCUGCUCAGGAGUCAGAUGGACGGCCAGGUCAACGUGUCGGUCGAAGCGUCUCCGUCUCCAGACCUGAACCGGGUCAUGACAGAGAUCAGGGAGCACUACGAGGGCCUGAUCGCCAAAAAUCGCAAGGAACUGGAGCUGUGGUACCAGAACAAGAUUGCAGCAGUGGAGCAGGACGUAAUUACAAACACAGAGAGUCUGGCAACAUCCCGCUCAGAGAUAAAGGACCUGAGGAGCACUCUGCAGAGGCUGGAGAUUGAACUACAGUCCCAUCUGAGCAUGAAAGCAUCUCUGGAGGGCACGCUAGCAGAGACCCAGGCACGCUACGCAGCACAGCUAGCAGGCUUACAGGCCACGGUCACGAACCUGGAGACGCAGCUGUCCCAGAUACACGCUAACCUCGCCAGCAACAAGCAGGAGUACGACAUGCUGCUGGACCUCAAGACACGCCUGGAGCUGGAGAUCGCAGAGUACAGGAGGCUGCUGGAUGCGGAGGAUGACAGCUCAAAACAAGUGGUCACGAAGGUUAUCACCGUGGUGGAGACAGUUGUGGAUGGAAAAGUGGUGCAGAGCAGCAAAACUGUUGGUGCGGAUAAGAUUGAGUGAAAACCUGGAAGGCUGUGAUUGGUCAAUAAAGACGAUGCA